AUGGAUCCACAGCUAACGGAAGUUUCGCAGCAGUUGGAGAGAUUCAAAGCGGCUUUUGUGAGGAAGGAUUUCAAUAGCUGUGGUGAUUUGUUGUCUCAACUUAAGGUUCUUCUGACCAAAUUCACGAGUCUUCCUCCAUUGUUCGAGAAUACACCAAAUGCAGCUCAGGAAUUGACUAUUGCAAGGGACAUUUACGAGCAUGCUGUUGUUCUAAGUGUAAAAACCGAGGAUCAAGAUGCAUUUGAGAGAGAUUUUUUCCAGUUGAAACCGUACUAUGUGGAUGCCAGGAAUCGUCUUCCGCCAUCUCCACAGGAGAAUCUAAUCUUGGGUCUGAACCUUCUGAGGCUGCUUGUCCAAAACAGAAUUGCUGAGUUCCACACCGAACUUGAAUUACUUUCAUCAGCUACUCUGGAGAAUCCUUGCAUCAAGCAUGCAGUAGAGCUUGAGCAGUCGUUCAUGGAGGGUGCCUAUAACCGUGUGUUGAGUGCUAGACAGACCGCACCUGAUGCAACUUAUGUCUAUUUCAUGGAUCUUUUGGCAAAAACCAUAAGAGACGAAAUAGCUGGAUGCAGUGAGAAAGCUUACGAUUAUGUCUCUAUCAGCGAUGCCCGGCAGAUGUUGCUAUUUUCCUCUGAUCAAGAACUCUUAACCUAUGUCAAAGAGGAGCACCCUGAGUGGGAAGUGAAGGACGGACUUGUUGUGUUCCAAAAAGCGAAAGAAACUGCACCGUGCAAAGAGAUUCCGUCUCUGCAACUCAUCAACCAGACUCUAAGCUACGCCAGGGAGCUGGAGCGUAUCGUGUAA